GGCAUUGUAUUUUAUGAAGGCGCACAGUUCCUGCAGGUGACUGCAGUUUAACAAGUCUCCAGCAGGGGGCGCUGUUCAUGCAGACAGAAACAUGGCGGCGUCCAGUGUGUUCAGACCAGGGUUGUUCAACCAUAAAGUAGCGAUAGUGACCGGUGGAGGCACUGGGAUCGGUAAAGCUAUCUCUGCGGAGCUGCUGGAGCUCGGCUGCAAUGUGGUGAUCUCCAGCAGGAAGACUGAAAGGCUGGAGGCAGCCGCUCAGGAAAUGAGACAAAAGAUCCCUCCAAGCAGUCCUGCAAGCGUCACCCCUGUCCAGUGUAACAUCCGCAACGAGGACGAGGUGAAGCAUCUGGUCUCGUCUGUGCUGAGACAGUUUGGCAAGAUAGACUAUCUGGUGAACAAUGGAGGGGGUCAGUUCAGCAGCCCUGCAGAGCACAUCCCCUCCAAAGGCUGGAAGGCUGUGGUAGAAACCAACCUCACUGGAACCUUCCACUGCUGCAAGGAGGGCACACCGGAGCAGCCAGGGCAGCGGUGGAUAACUUAACCAAAAGUCUGGCUGUAGAGUGGGCGUCCUCGGGAGUCCGAAUCAACGCGGUAGCACCUGGGACAAUAUUCUCCAAAACUGCGAUGGAGAACUAUAAAGAAAUGGGACCACAUUUGUUCAAGAUGUCCAUUCCAUUUAGUCCUGCAAAGAGGCUGGGAGUACCAGAAGAGAUUUCCUCAGCCGUGUGUUUCCUGCUCUCUCCUGGUGCCUCCUACAUCUCUGGUGCAACACUGAAGGUGGACGCAGGACAGAGUCUGUACCAUGCUAUGUGGGAGAUACCUGAUCACAAAGAAUGGCCUGAAGCUCCAGAGGGGGAGAACCUGGAUGCUCUGAAG